AUGCUUCAGACGAUCGAGCGGGGAGACAUGGCUCACAAAAAUGAAAAGAACAGUCUCCAGAUGGAGCGGACCGCGCUGGCUCCAGUGAAUCCAUGUGCUCAGAACAGUACUGCUCCGCUCUCCAGUCUCCUCGACAGCGGGCUUGACGACAUCAAAGUCCCCAGCCUACAGCCACUGUCACCUAUCAAAAAGUCUUCCGUUAUCCGGAUCACAAUUCAGAGGCAGCCUACAGAGAGAGCGACGAGCCUGCUCAUUGACCAGCACGUUGACAGUCUGUCUAUUCCCGUGCUGGAACCCCAGAAAGUGAGUCCUAGUUUCGGUGCAGCUACCACUAUAUCCCAGGUCCAACUACCAUGGUUAACCCGCCCGGUGUGUGUUAAGAAACAGCCGUUCGUCACGAUGAAACCACCAGUGCUUGUGCCGUGGGAUGGUACAAUCAAAUGGGCCCUCCAAGGAUGCAGUGUCUUUGAGAACACGGAUGAAGAACUCGACGCGUUGCUGUAUCGCCCGAACAUUGUCAGCAAAGGAUCUCCAGCUGAGCUCUGGAUGUUUCAGUUCGGUCUGCGCUAUAUACCCGCUGAGAGUGACAGAGAUGUAUACCGCGCCGUCACUAUUGAGAAACUACCAUCAGAUGUGACUCUGCAGCAACUCUUGCCUUUGGUCCACUGUGAAAUAUACUCUGCGCACCUCCUCGAUACUGUAUCUAUCACAGGGUCUAACACCGCUUUCAUCGUCUUCGUUACCCAGGCAGAUAGUUUUGACUUCCUCGAAACUUCAGGCGGAAGUCUCGCCCUGGGGGCAACACAGGCUAAAGUGACCCUAGUCUCGACUCCAACAUAUCCUAUGACGGCUGGUAUGGCACGGCUGGUUUUCGAAGAGGGUCAUACGCGGUGUGUCUGUAUAUCUGGUGUGCGGGACACUUUGAAGGCAGAAAUUCGUCGGGUCUUAGGCCGCUCGCCGUACUUGGACUAUCUUGAACGGAUCGAAGACGGACAGGUACUCGGGGAGGUCUAUGUUCGGUUUCACUCUAUCAAGGUGGCUACUGCCGCCUAUGGGCUUUUGAAGAGUCAUCCGAGCUUCCAUGAGUGUAAAUUUCGGUUUCUGGGAGCAAGACCUUCGGCGCGGCGAUCCCGAAUUGGGAUCUGGGAUUGA